AUGGCUACUAUGACUGAAACGACGACGGUGGCAGUGCCGUCGUCGCAGACAGAGGACCUUGCCACCCGUCUUCUCAAUGGCACCCUUCAUGCCGGAUUCCCUCCGAUUGAACAGUUUAUGACAAUUGAUGGACUUGUCAAGAGCCAUGCGGCACAAUCAAAUCAAGCCGCAAGGCCAUUGAUAUGUUAUCCGGUCCACAAAGCAGAUGACUUUGAGUUACACACGGCAGGAGACCUGGACAAGUAUACCGAUAUCGCGAGUCGCUAUUUUAUGGAGAAUGGGCUUCCCCCCGCGGACCCGAAUGCCGAAAAGGCACCCGUGGUCGCAUUGCUUGCUGGCUCUAGCUUCGAAGUCAUCUUGACCUUUUUCGCUUUGAAUCGCCUAGGAUAUGCUGUUCUUUUUCUGUCCACUCGACUUACAGCCCCAGCAUACGUUCGUCUGUUGAAUAUGGUAGGCUGCAGUCAGAUGGUUAUUGCGAAGCAAUAUCAAUCAACUGUGCUCGGCAUCCGCACUGAGCUCCCGGGCUGUACUAGUUUCCCGAUCUUGCAGCGCGAAGACUGGUUCAACCGCCCGUCCAGCUCCCCUCCAUUCCAGCGAUUAGGCGUGGAUCCAGCACGGGAAAGCAAAAAGAUGGCAUGGAUCCUCCACUCGUCUGGAAGUACAGGCUUCCCUAAGCCGAUUUUCUUGACCAACUACCAAUGUUUGGCGAAUUUCCGCAAGAGCUUCGGUUUGCGUCUGUUCAACAUAAGUCCCUUGUUCCAUUCACACGCCUUGAUGGAGCUUGGACGAGCCUUCUAUACCAGAGCACCAGCAUAUCUUGGCAACCACUCCCUCGCCAUUACCUAUCAGAACCUGGUCGACGCGUUGAAGGUGGCCAAGCCGCAGCAAAUCAGUGCUGUGCCCUAUGUCAUCAAGCUUCUGGCAGAAAGACAGGAGGGCGUCAAAGCACUGGCCAGUCCUCAACUAGUGCUUUAUGGCGGAUCGAGCUGUCCGGAUGACCUCGGCGAUCGGCUUGUUGCGCAAGGCGUCAACUUGGUGGCCAACUAUGGCGCCACAGAGACAGGUCAGAUUAUGACUUCCUUCCGGUCGGACGGCGAUACCGAAUGGCAAUAUAUGCGGCUACAUCGCCCUGUCGCUGAUUAUACUUUGAUGGAUGAAAUAUCGCCUGGUGUCUUUGAGUGUGUUGCUCUGAAUGGACUGCCAAGCAAGGGCCCGUCCAAUUCAAAGGCCCCAUUCAGCGAAAAGAACCCAGAAAACAGUUUCCGGACGGCCGACUUGUUCACAAGACAUCCAGAUCCGAAAAAGAGCAAUUAUUAUAAGUAUAUGUCUCGACUGGAUGAUCGAAUUACCCUUGUGAAUGGUGAAAAGGUGCUGCCCAUUCCAAUCGAAGGCCGUGUUCGAGAGGAGGAGCUUGUGGGUGAGUGUGUCGUUUUUGGAUUUCAACGAACCGUACCGGGAGCAUUGAUCUUUCGUGCACCUGGAAAGGCAACCCAUUUGAACGACGAACAAUUUCUGGAGGUCAUUUGGCCUGCGGUAGAGGCUGCGAAUGCUCGUGCCGAGACGUUCUCACGAAUUCCGAGGGAGCUGGUUGUCAUUAAAGGGGCCGAUGUGAAAUAUUCGAGGACAGACAAGGGGACUUGCAUCCGGGCCCAGGUCUAUCAGCAGUUCCAAGAUGAUAUCCAACGCGUCUACGCUGGAUUCGAGGGGAACGGGCAAAAGAAAGGAACUCUGGUGCUCAGUGUGUCCGAAUUAGAGACCUGGCUGCUAUCGAGGUUCCAGGAUGAUCUAGGUGUACCCCUGGAAAGCGCCGAAACUGAUAUCUUCUCUGCUGGCAUUGACAGCCUGCAAACGACUCGGAUAUGGAGAUGUAUUGUGCGCGACCUCGAUCUUGGCGACGAGAGCGAAAAGCUCUCUCAGAACAUCGUUUUUGAAAAAGGUACAAUUAGCGCUCUUGCUAGACAUCUGUUCAAGCUGCGGACUGGGCAGGAAUUUGAACAGGCGGGAAAUGAAAUCGACGUCAUGCGCGAAAUGAUUGAACGAUAUUCCUCUUUCACUCACCAUAUCCCCACUAUUGGGCUGCAACCUACCUCGGAAGUUGUCAUUGUGACAGGUGGAACCGGAAAUCUGGGAGUUUACAUAAUUGCAGAACUGCUCAAACGACCGACCGUGUCUGAGGUAUGGGCGCUUGUACGUGCACCAGGCCCAGCAGCUGCAGGCGCCCGUCUGUCGAACGCGUUUGCAGAACGACAAAUUCCACUCACAGAUUCUGAAGCUUCAAAGCUUCAUGCCGUACCAAGUGAUCUCUCUCAGGCCAAUCUUGGUUUGAACAGUUUUGUGAUUGAACACCUGCUCUCUACUGCAACCAGCAUCAUCCACAGCGCCUGGGCUGUAAACUUCAACCUCGGUGUUCGAUCCUUCGAACAGCAACAUAUCCGUGGAACUCAUAACCUUAUCAACUUCUGUUUGCGCUCCAAGCUUCCGCUUCCCGCUCGUUUCUUCUUCUGCUCCAGCGUGAGUACAGCGAGCAAUACCCCCAAGCCGGCAACAAUUCGUGAGACUUUGAUCGAAGAUUUAUCACAUGCACAGACUAUUGGCUAUGGAAGAUCCAAGUUGGUCACAGAGCACAUAACACAUAAUGCCAUGUGCCAGACGGGUAUGCAUGCCAGAGUCUUGCGAAUUGGCCAAUUAGGUGGUGAUACAAAGAACGCCCAAUGGAAUGACAAAGAAGCUGUGGCUCUUAUGUUCCGCAGUGCAUUGACUACAGGUGCACUCCCAGCCCUGGACGAGACACCAAGUUGGCUCCCUGUUGAUCAAUGUGCUCAAGCAAUUACAGAAAUUGCCUUGGAUGUUUCUAUCCACCAAGCACAGGCUGACCUAGUAUAUCACUUGGUCAACCCCCACACAUUUAGUUGGAAGAGCGACCUACUUCCAGCUUUGAUGCAAGGGUCUUCUUUACCAAGCUUUGAAGUUGUGUCACCAAAGGAGUGGCUUCAAAGGUUAGCGAACAGCGAGCAGGACCCAGAAAUUAAUCCCAGCAUCAAGCUUGUGGACUUCUGGAAAUCCAAAUAUGGCGGUGACACUUUGCAAGCAAAGACUGGGGGACUUUCUUUCGAAACACAACGCACAACUCAAGAUAGUCCAUCGCUGGCUCUUGCAAAGGAUCCAGUGACCAAUGGUUUAAUUCAGAGGUAUAUCACCUCUUGGAUGAACCAGUGGACAAGUUAA